AGGCCCAGAGCCCAGAUUAUAGAGAAGCAGAGCACCCCAUACCAAAUCCUUUCCCGUUUACACAAACCCUUCAAAACCCUAGAAAUACAAAAAAUCCCAAAACUCAACCCUAUUCGACCAAAUCGCAGCGAUGGACUUCGACGAGUACGAUUACCUGGAGAAGACCGUGCAGGAGAACGACGACCGUGACUCGAAGAAGAAGGCGAAGAAGGAAGCCACCGAGAAGAGCUACAGGAAGAGAGAGGUAGACGACGACGUUUCGGCCGACGAGGACAGGAAGAGCAGCAAAAGGUCCAGAGGCGGCGAGCACGAGAAUGGCCGCGAUAAGGAAAAGGAUAGGGAUCGGCACCACCGGAGCAGCGGCGGUGGUAGAGAGAGGGACAGAGACGGCGAGAGGGACCGGGAUCGUGAUCGCGGCGGCGAGCGAGAGAGGGAGAGAGACAGGGAGAGGAGCAGUAGGGAGAAGGAGAAGGAGAGAGAGAGGAGGGAUAGGGAUAAGGAGAAGGAGAAGGAGAGAGAGAAGGAGAAGGAAAAGGAAAGAGAGAGGAGGGAGAGGAGAGAGAGGGAUGAUAGAGAGAGAAGAGAGAAGGAUGAGAAGGAGAGGUCUCGGAGGAGUGUGAGUCGGUCGGAUCGGGAAGAGAAGGAGAGGUCCCGGAGGAGUGUGAGCCGGUCUGAUAGGGAAGAGAAGGAGAGGUCUCGGAGGAGUAGGAGCCACACUGAUCGUGAUAGGGAGAGGGAAGUUAGGGAAAAGGAACGAGAAAUCGAGAUGAAUGAGAGCAGGAGGUUUAAAGACAAAAAAGAAAUGGUGGAGCCUGAAGCUGAUCCAGAAAGGGAUCAGAGAACUGUUUUUGCUUACCAGAUGCCACUGAAGGCGACCGAGCGAGAUGUUUAUGAAUUCUUCUCAAAGGCGGGCAAGGUGAGGGAUGUACGGCUGAUCAUGGACAGGAAUUCUAGACGAUCGAAAGGUGUUGGGUAUAUUGAAUUUUACGAUGCAAUGCAUGUGCCGAUGGCUAUAGCUCUCUCUGGUCAGCUACUUCUUGGACAACCUGUAAUGGUGAAACCUUCAGAGGCAGAAAAGAAUCUUGUUCAAUCUACUGCUACUGGUGGUACCACAGGCGUAGUAGGACCAUAUGGUGCAGUUGACAGGAAACUUUAUGUAGGGAACUUGCAUUUUAACAUGACUGAGACUCAUCUUAGAGAGAUUUUUGAACCAUUUGGUCCAGUGGAGCUUGUGCAACUUCCCCUUGAUAUUGAGACAUCACAGUGCAAGGGCUUUGGCUUUGUUCAAUUUGCUCAUCUGGAACAUGCAAAGGCAGCUCAAAGUUUGAAUGGGAAGUUGGACAUUGCUGGUCGAACUAUCAAGGUUUCAUCCGUUACAGAUCAUGUUGGCUCACAAGAGACUGGUGCAAAAUCAGCAGAUUUUGAUGAUGAUGAUGGGGGUGGUUUGUCUUUAAAUGCUCAAUCUAGAGCAUUGCUAAUGCAAAAGCUGGACCGCACAGGAACUGCCACAAGUAUUGCAGGUUCUCUCGGAGUACCUGGGCUAAAUGGGUCAGCACCUAAUCAACGAGCUGUUAAUUUGCCGAUGAAUGGUCAAGCCACCCUUUCUGCACCAUUUCUUCCAGCAAAAGUGCCUGCAGUAGCAGAACCUAUUGGAAACCCCAGUGAAUGUCUAUUAUUGAAGGAUAUGUUUGAUCCAGCCACGGAGACGGAGCCAGAUUUUGAUGUAGACAUAAAAGACGACGUCGAAGAUGAAUGUUCAAAAUAUGGUCGCGUGAAGCACAUUUAUGUGGAGAAAAACAGUGCUGGAUUUGUGUAUUUGCGGUUUGAAACUGUGGAAGCAGCAGCUGCAGCUCAACGUGCAAUGCAUCUGAGAUGGUUUGCAGGCAGGCAGAUUUCAGCCCUUUUCAUGCAACCUCAAGUUUACGAGGCCAAGUUUGGAGUGUGAGCCAUGACUACACGCAGGAGGGGAAGUGUAUUGGGUGUGUUUCCUUAGUUGAAGGGUAGCUAAUCUAGCUAUUUGUUUUUAGGUUAUUUGAUUCCUAGUUUGAUUCAUACAUGUUGAUUACAUCAAAUGGCAUGGGACUCGGUAGGAAAUGUGUACUUCUGUACUCCAACCUUUUGUUUUCUUUUAAUGUCAAGAGUUCAAUUUUCCCGGAUA